AGUAAUGUAGCUCUGUAAAGGUACAAAAGAAUACUGCUUUAUGAUUCUUAUCCAUUCACCGUGGAGAAAGGAAUUAUUCCCUUGCCACAAGAAGAAGCAACUCGACUGAGAGACGGUCAUCACCAGAGUUUGGACAACUGAAAGAUGGAGUUGAAGGCGUAUCUCCUUUUCCUUGUCUUGUUCGUUGCCGCCACAUCUGCAGCGCGUAACUGUACAUGUGAAGAUGAAGAUAAGGAAACCUUGUCCAAGUACAAAGUGAAGGUCAAAGAGGGCGAUGAAGAGAUUGAUGAAGAGGUCAAAAUCGACACCGAGAAACAAACUGAGACUUUUCACAUUCCAAAACUGAAAUCUUCCAGCGCUGGAGAAGUGGACGAAAUCUUCGACUUCAAAAGAAACUUGGUGAUGCGCCGACUGCGUGAACAAAAGGCCUGUUUCUUGAGUGAAUCAACUGAAAAUGCUCCAAAGCCUAAAGACCUCAAAAAGGCACUUGACAAGCAAAGCGCUUCCGGUUCCUCGAAAUCUGUCAAUUCCACAGACUACGAGUACGAAGUUGUUGGCACUGUGAAUGAUCGUUCCACUCUGAGUGAUGAAAUGGCGACUAUGUGCGCAAAGUUCCCCAUUUAUCGCAUCAAGAAGAGGACGAUCACUACGAGUGUACAAAAAGAAAACAUCCAAGGUGGCAAAAGCAGGAUGAAGAGGAAUCUGUGCAACCGUUGCUACACGAGAUACUAUGUUGUGUGCCGUUAUAAUCCUGUCACGCGCCAAUACGUAUGUUAUUUGAUUAGGCGCAUAAUUUGCAUCUUGGUUAGUUGCUACGGGCGCCGCUGAACGAAGGCCCACGGUCAUUUCAAGAACCAAGCCAUUGCUCCAGGAACUUCAGCCAAGAAAAUGAAAAUUGAUGAUUUAUACCACUAAUUUCUUAUUGAUUUCAUGAAAUGUGCUUUAAAAAAUGUGUAGUUUUACUAAAAUUGUAUGACAUUUCAUCACUUUUUUUAGAGUUCAAGUUUUUGCAAAAUUAAAAAAAAAAUGCCUUACUUAUAUUUUUUUCUAACAAAAAUAAUUAAAAUUUUAAUAUUUGUUUGUAGAGUUCAUGCGUCUGCAAAUUAUUAAAGAAUUAAAUGAAUCCAGCAAUUCAAA